GUUCAGUAACCGCUGGGAGAGUGCCAACUACCACAGCAACGGGAUAAUAAAAAAGCUGACAUCAACCCUCGGAUGCUGGUCGAGAUUCAGACUGCUUGGUAGGGGCAAGGUCUCAUUGCGACUCGAUCGCGGACACCCAUCCCGUGCUGCUCUUGUCAUGUCCUGACCUUCAUUCGCGUCACACGAGCUGUGCCGGAGCGUUACAAAAGACGCGCGUAGCUUGUGAGGAAUGACCCACUCUCCCAAAGCUCGCCUUUUUUUCGAUUUGCGCCCCUUCACCCAAUUUAAAGAACCGCAGCAAGAAAGUUUCCUCAAAAGAAACCCCUUCGCACCCUGCCACGUGCCACAUUAUGAUGUUUCCAUCGGCACGCUUGGUCGUGGUCAUCUGCCUAGCCAUCGUCGCGUCAAGCACAGCUUUGCCCAACACCGCAGCGCAGGCUCCUGGUAUAGGUCCUCCAUCUGGCUGGUUCGACGUUGAGGCCAGCACAAGCGAAGCCAAGCCAGCAGGGCAAAACACGUCCAUGCCGACCAGCUACGAGGCUGGGGAGGCGAGUAGCAAGCUGCACGAGAUGCUCAAAGCUCCGCCAGGAUCCGUGGCCGAAAAGUUUGCUCGCAAUAAUGCGAAAUUGAUGGAUACUCGUAUCUUGCCCGAAGCGGCCUUUGGACUCAAGGCAGGCGAAGUCAAGGUGCUGCGCUCUGCAGGUGGCCGGGUGCCAGACCUGCUGCGCAGCAUUCAUCUUGCUCAACAUGUUUUGGGCGCCAAGGAAAUCAUCCUCAUGCACCACACCAAGUGUGGUCUUUUGCACGCUAGGGACCAAGACAUACGCAAGACGCUCGUCGAGAAGAUCGGCCGUCGUGUCAAGCCGUUUGCGGAUGUGAUGACGUACUUUGGAUUCGAGGACCUCCACCAAUCUGUCCACGAUGACAUUGCGCUGCUCAAGAACGAUCCGCUGGUCGAUACGACGCUGAUUACGGGCUGGAUCCAUGACGUAGAUACCGGCAACGUGACUCGCGUGGCGUGAGCAAGGUCCAGCCGACUUCGAGACUUGCUGGAACGUGCUCGGAUGUUUGCGGCCCGUGGUAGCGCUCGAGUUGCCGCAGUGUGGAUGUCGAUGCAUGAUGUGCGAUCGACGCGGAG